AUGCGAGAUGGAGAGACAGAAGACAUGGAGAGAUGGAGAGCGGCAGAGGUGGAGAGAUCGAGAGAUGGAGAGAGAGAGACAGCAAGCGAGAGAGAGAAGGCUGAACAUACAAAAGCCCUACUCUUAUCUAUUGAAUGCGGUAGCGUCAAUUGUACUUCCGGGCUGAUUAAGCAGGUCCAAGCGCUUUAA